GUCCAUAUUGUUUUUGUUGUGAAAAAAUCACUAAAAAUUCUUGUUUUUAAUAUUUUUAUCGCAUAUUUGUUUGUAAUUCAUGUGUGUUUUGGGUUUCCUUAAUUCCUUUUAAUUAACCACUUUAAUACGCGUUAAUACGUCUCGAGUUGCGUAUGAUGCCGACUCAGAUGAGAGUUUGUAAUCGUCUACGUGCAAUAAGAUCGUCAAAAUUUCAUUAUAUGUAAUCUCGAAAAUGGAGUUUACAAUUUUCAAGUGAAAGUAAAUUGAAAAACCACUACUAAAAAUAAUUGAAGGAAACAAUGGAACAAAAAUUAUGGAUAUGGAUAAUUAGUAUUUUAUUCCUUGUAACUACAUGUAGUUGUGCUAGCCGCAAAAAAUACGAUGAAACUAAAUGCCAUUAUUACAACCAAACUAAUUGUGACCUUUAUAAAAAUGAAAAAAAUUGUACUAGUGCUAUCCAGAACUGUAAAGCCGGAGAAAAUGAUAAGCCAUCAUAUUGUUAUGCUGUUUGGACAAAUGAUACUAAAACAAAUAAAUUAGAAAUUAAACUUAAGGGUUGUUUUUUAAACAAUGUUGAAUGCCAAGGUCAAAAGCAAUGCAAAGAAAAAAAAGAUGAUAUCAAAUCUAAUGGCAUAAUGUUUUGUUGUUGUGAAGGAGAUUAUUGUAAUUCUGAAAUUUUAUGGGACCCUAUUCCAACAACUCCUCGAAUAGAAACAACAUCUGCAAAACCAAUACGUGAUGAUAAUGAAUUAAUACAUACUAUAGUGUUUUCUACCAUACCUUUGGUAGCUGUAGCAAGUAUGUUUUUGUUUGUUUAUUGGGUUUAUAAAAGAAGAAAAAUACCUCAAUUUUCUCAUGUUCCUUCAUCAGAUAGCUCUCACUUAGGGAAUUGUUCUCCUAUACUCAGCAAUCGCCCAAUACAAUUAGUUGAAGUAAAGGCAAGGGGUCGUUAUGGUGCAGUAUGGAAAGCUCUUCAUAAGAAAGAUACAGUAGCUGUUAAAAUAUUCCCUCCUCAAGAUAAAAAUUCAUGGUUAGUAGAACAAGACAUUUAUCAAUUACCACACAUGCAACAUGACAAUAUACUAUCUUUCAUUGGGGCUGAAAAACAUGCUAGUGUUAUUGAAGGUGCCAAGAAUGAAUAUUGGUUGAUUACUGCUUACCAUGAAUAUGGAUCAUUAUGUGACUACUUAAAAUCUAAUAUAUUAACUUGGGAUCAGCUCUGUCAUAUUGCUCAAUCUAUGGCAAGAGGUUUGAUGCAUUUACACGAAGAAAUACCAUCAGAACGUUCAGAUCAAUAUAAACCGGCCAUUGCUCAUAGAGAUUUUAAAAGCAACAAUGUUCUACUAAAACAUGAUUUAACUGCGUGUAUUGCUGAUUUUGGUCUUGCUUUAGUUUUUCAACCUGGAAAGUCGUGUGGUGAUACACACGGUCAGGUUGGCACAAGAAGAUAUAUGGCACCAGAAGUAUUAGAAGGAGCGAUCAAUUUUUCUAGAGAUGCGUUUUUAAGAAUUGACAUGUAUGCAUGUGGUUUGGUAUUAUGGGAAUUAGCAACUAGAUGCACAGCACAACAAGGAGCUAUACCAGAUUAUAGGUUACCUUUUGAAGAAGAAGUUGGACAACAUCCAUCGUUAGAAGACAUGCAAGAAUGUGUAGUACAUAAAAAACUAAGACCCGCUUUUAAAGAUAGUUGGAAGUCACAUCCAGGUUUAAUAGCUUUAUGUGAUACAAUGGAAGAAUGUUGGGAUCAUGAUGCUGAAGCUAGAUUAUCAGCAUCGUGUGUAAUGGAACGAAUUACAUGGCAAUGUCGCCAGUAUAAUGGAACAGCAGUAACAACGUUAGCACCAUAAAAUAUUUUAUUUGUACUAUAACAUAAUAUACAUCAGCAACCUAGCUUCUGCAGAAGACAUUUGUGUUUCCUUUUAUGUAAGUCGACUAUUUAAGUAACUUUGUAAAUUCUUUAAUAAGUUGUUGAUGUACAGCAGAAGUAAUUGAGUACCUAUAGAACCAACCUCUCCCCCAUCCUAACAGUGUUUUUUUUUUAACUAAGCCAAAACUAACUUAUAUAUAUUAUGUUUUCCAUGUUCAGCAACGAUAUUUUCUAUAAUUAUAGAAAGGUUACAUCACCUUGUUGACAUUAUGGCAUGGUAUAAUUAUAUACAAAAUAUUAUGGGGGAGGGGGUAUUCUCCAAUAGCAGAAUCAUUUAUUACUUAAAUAUAUCUAAGUAUGUAUUUCACUAUUUCGCAUUAAUUGUUUUAAACAAUCCAGAGACUACAUUAAAAGAAAAUUUAGAUACUUAUAUUCUGCGAACUGGAAAAAAUCAAUUUUGUAGGAAUUAAAUUUUACUGAUUUAUGCAAUAUUAUUAAAUACAUUUUGAUAAAUAAAAUUUAAUUUUCAGUUAUUUGAGAUAUUUGUAGUCCUGUUGUUUACCUGUCUAAAGACAAAGUAAUAUCAUUUUACCAUUUUGGUUGUCAAUAUUUAUCAUGAAUUUUCAUAUUUGUGCCAUACGUGAUGUUUGGAAUACAUCAAAAUAAUUUAUUAAAAUUGAUUUUUUCCAUUUCUAAGUGUAUUUUAAAAUAAUACCAUUAUAGUUAAUAAUAUUGCUAUAUUCUUCUACCUCAAAUUAUCCACUCUUAUAAAAAAAAAAAUGUGCCAAUAAUCUUAAGGUGGUAUUCAUUGAGUAUAAUAUAUUGUAUAUUGUAUAUAGUAUUAGUCAAAAAUAAGUUUUUAUUUGUAUUUAAUAAACGAGUUUAUAGGAAUAUUUUAUAAUUGUAACAACUCAUAGUCUAAAUGUUUAAGCUAAAAAUAAUUACUUAAUAACAAUACUUUCACGUCCUAAAUUUCUUUAUUACCCCGUAACUAUUGAAAGUUUUAUUUUUAGUUACAAUAAAUAUAAUUACGUUAGCAGAAAAUUUAGUUUUGAUAUUAUAAUAAUUAUUGUUAUAAAAGGUACCUCGAGUAAUCAACAUGAAUAAUAAAAUAUAAAUAUACCUAUAUAUUCUUCUUUUCAUAGUUAAAAUAAACCUAAAAUUUUGUUAUCUAUGCCACUAGCAGUUUUAUAUAUAUAAUAUUUUUAUUUAAAUUACCCAAAUUAGUUUCAAUUUAUAUAAUUUGUUAAAUUGAAUUUAUUAAUUAACAAAAUGAAUAAAAGAUCUAUUUUAUCGAGCACCCCUUAUUUUUUGAGAAGGGUGGAGGUUUUUUUUUUUAGCAUAAACUAAAUAUGGUUUUCUACAACAAAUUACUGAAUAUUUUUAAUAUUUUUAAAUUGUAUGACUUAAAUAUAAUUAAAAAUUGUAUUUUUUAUUUAAUAAAAUACCAAUAGACUAUUGAUACAUAACAAAACUAAAAUUAUAUUAAUAAAAAUACUGUUUUUCUUAUGUUCUUAAUUAUACAUUAUUUAUAAAUUGUAGCUUAGUAACUGUUAAACAAAAUUGCAUUAUCGCUCCUUUGGACUCGUUUUAUUAUUGUUGCCAUGUUAUAUUUAACCUUAAUUUAAUUUAAUCUGUAAAUGUGCUGUAUUUUAUUUUUAAAAAUGUAUAAAUAUAAAUAUGUUUAAGGUUUUAAAAUGUCUAUAUGAACAAAAUUAAUGACACAGGUAUUGAAAAAUAUUAUAGCAAACAUAUUAUUGUAUAAUGUUUAGAAAUUAUAUAAGCAGGGCCGGCCAACAGAAGCUAUGGGCGAUGCAAGGACUUGUCCAGGGUGUCACUUACAAAAGGCCUCCAAAUUCAAAAAAAUAUAUUUAUUAAAAUGCUUUUUUACAUUUUAAUAAUUUCUUGUAAAAAUGAGUUUCAUGCUGAAAUACUGUAAAUGAUUAAUGUUUUAUACAUGCACUUCUAAGUUAUAACAAUAAUAAUAAUAGUUUAUUGAUAUCAUAUAUCAAGCUAUUAGUUAUGAAUGUUAUGGUAGUUGAUAGGAACUUUGGACUUAUUGGUCUUAAUAAAAUAUAUUAUAAUAUAGGUACUUAUCAAUUAAAUUAAAUAUGUACAGAAAAAUUAUAGUUAGUUAUGGAACAAAUAAAGUUUAGUUCCAAAUGAUUUAAAUUAUUAUUUAUUUGUACCUUAAGUCCUGAUAUGUAUUUAACUAUAAAAAAAAAAAAAAUCUAAAAAGCCUAAUAUUGUAAAUAAAAUAAAUAUAAACAAUUAAAGAAAUUAAAAAUCACAUCGUUCAUUGACUAAAUUGAAUUAUUCUUAUAAUUUAUCAUAUUAGAAAAUUGGGUUAGGACAAAGGGACCGGCCCUGUAUAUGAAUAUUAUAAAUUCAUACUUAAGACUACAUUAUUAAAAUUUAAAAUUUAAAUAGUAUAACAACUAUAGAUUUUAUCUGUCAUUGUUGUUUAAUUUUGUUGUUUUCAUUUGGCUAUGGUUGUAAGAUUGUUUAAUAAUUUAUAUCUAGGUACUAAUAUUGUAUAAAAUAGUUCCUUUAUUAUAAAUAAAUCUCUCUUCUUUUUUAUUUGUAUUUUAUAAUUAAAAUUAUUAUUAUUAUUAU